AUGGAUGGUCGUGAACAUUCCUCUGCAAGACUAGCGGCUGGGGGGAAGCAUUCAACCAUAUCGGCUGAAGUCCGUAGGUGUCGAACCGAAGCUAAGCAGGCUACAGCAGGGCCGUCCCCUCAUGUCGGAGAGCUAGAACCUCUUAGCCGCGUGUGCAGGACGGAGCUUCCCCUCUCCCUUGUGCGCACUCCAGCUAAGCGCGGGAAUUCACGGCAACCAGUUUCGCUUAAGGAUAACUUGGGCAUCAACCCCUCCACACCGGCGGCCUGCGAUAGUGUGAGUCCGAGGCACCACUUUCCUCGGCCGUUGGACUGGUCCCUUGAAAUCACCAGGUCAUGGGGGUCCUUCGCAGAGGCGUCAGUCCAGACAUACGAGUUAGCCAGCGAUUUGCCCCAGCCUCCCAUGGAAUCAGCGGUGGCCACUUGUUUCGAGAAGAUGGAAAAAUUUCUCCUCGGCCAUCGCCUGCUAAGGUACACCCGUUUCGAGAGCCCCACUCAGACGGGAAUAAGGAACUGGAGUGGCGUCGAGCUAAACCAAGCCCUUUUCCACUGGAAAGCUCCAGCUGGGAGCUCUGGUGCUUGGGUUGCAUGGAAGCUCAACCGGGAGCUGGGGAGAGCUGGUGGUUUGGUGGUGGUGGAAGAUGAACACCAGAUGAAUGAGGGGUAA